CCUCAAAUUUUGUACUGCUUGAGCUCCUGUUCCUCUUAUAGAAUAUUAGCUCAGAAGUAUUGUGGAGCUCCUGCUCCUAAACAUAAACAGUACCAGCUCCCAAAAUUUGUAUCGGAACCUAUUUCAGUCCAAGUCAGGCACUGAUAAGAAGUAAUCAGGUUAUGACUCUGCCAGGAGUAUUGAAGUUCAUUCAGAGACAAUGAGCACCAGCUGUAAUCGUGAUCAUAUAUCCCACAGAGAGGGGAUCCGCUGUGCUGAGAUGGCUAUGGUAUGUCUCACAGAUUUUGAGGAGUAUGCCAAAGAGCACCUCUCCAAGGCAACCUGGGACUACUACGCAGCCGGAGCAGACGAGUGCUGCACCAGGGACGACAAUCUGCUGGCCUACAAACGGAUCCGUCUGCGACCACGGAUUCUACGAGAUGUGUCGGUGAGUGACACCAGGACCACUGUGCAGGGCACAGAGAUCAGCUUCCCUGUGGGCAUCGCCCCCACUGCCUUCCACUGCCUGGCCUGGCAUGAGGGAGAGAUGGCCACUGCCAGGGGUACGGAGGCAGUGAACACCUGUUACAUCACCAGCACCUACUCCACCUGCUCUGUGGAGGAGAUCGUGGCUGCAGCACCUAACGGCUACCGCUGGUUCCAGCUCUAUGUGUACCGGGACAGGAAGCUGUCUGAGUCGAUCGUUCACCGUGUGGAGGCCCUGGGCUACAAAGCCUUGGUCCUCACCGUCGACGUGCCCUACACUGGGAAGCGGCGCAAUGAUAUACGCAACCAGUUCAAGCUCCCGCCGCACCUCAAGGUCAAAAACUUUGACGGGGUCAUCCAGGUAAUGGAGGCUGCGAGUUCUGAAGAGUAUGGUAUCCCUUCCAACACCCUGGACCCUUCCAUCAGCUGGAAGGAUGUAUACUGGCUGCAGUCUCUCACCCGCCUUCCCAUCAUCAUCAAGGGCAUCCUGACCAAGGAGGAUGCUGAGCUGGCCGUGGAGCACGGCGUCCAGGGCAUCAUCGUGUCCAACCACGGAGGACGCCAGCUGGACGGGGGGCCCGCCACAAUAGAUGCCCUAUCUGAGAUUGUGGAUACGGUUCAAGGGCGUAUCGAGGUGUAUCUGGAUGGGGGAAUUCGCACCGGUAGUGACGUGCUGAAGGCCGUAGCUCUGGGAGCCAAGUGUGUGUUCAUCGGGAGGCCAGCCGUGUGGGGCCUUGCCUAUAAAGGCGAGGACGGGGUGAGGGAGGUACUACAAAUCCUCAACGAUGAGUUCCGUCUGUCAAUGGCUCUGUCUGGGUGCAGAAACGUGGCUGAGAUCAACAGGAACCUCAUCCAGUUCUCUAAACUGACUUGACAGCAGGGGGCGCCAGAACCAGCCAGAUGACUAUGACGAAGCAACAAAACGGAGCUAACUUCGAACUAAACUGGAAUUUGGGACAACAAAACAAUACCUGUCACAUGAAUCAUAAUGAACUGAAUCUGACAUCAAUCUAAUACAACUCAACUUUAAUAGUUGAAUCCAAUGUGGCUGCCUGAAUUCUUGUGGGGAAAUAACUGGACAUUUCAAUACAAGCAGCUUCCAUAUGAUAUAACCAGCAAAAUAUGGUUAUCACUCAGCUGAGAUAUGUUGACAUGAUAUAGAUCAUGCCGUUUAACCAAUUCCUAACUCUCAAUGGCUGCAGGCCCAGUGUUAACCCAUGUAUGAGUGAGAGAGGCCCGAUAUUGUGUCUCUGAUACAGUGACUGAAGUUUAGUGAAUUGUGAAACUGGUCUGCCUUUAGAUCAAUGUUUAACAGAGAUCCCUCAGUCAAAGCAGAUAUGAGGGUUAAAUGAUUGAUCCCUUCUGGUUUGAUUGUAAUAACUGUUCUGGAUGGUGAGGUGGAAUACGGUUGUGAAUGCAGCAGUGAGAGGAGUGUGGUUGAUUGGUUGAUAGAGUGAUGUAACAUGGCCAUUUGGUAUUCCAGUUCCUAAUCCUCUGAGAACAACAGUGUGAUUUGAUUUAGAACCCUGGAGACACAAUGACAUACAACUCAUAGAAAUAAGAAUGAAUAGAAUGGACUUGGAAGCAAUAACCCUGGCAAUUGACUGGUAAACUCAUGGGUACACUCGCAAUGGCUGCCUGGUGUUAAGAUACAAUCAUUUCCAUGGUAUUUUGGAAUGUUCCAUCAACUGAUUCUGGAGUGCUGUGGUAAUGUAGAAUGUUCAUUAAAAUGAUGCUAACUGAUGUGGCUCAUGCAAUGGAGUGUGUUUUUAUAAUGUCAAUUGAAUUGACUCAACAAAUCACAGCACAGAUUGAAGGGAACCUUCCUGAUUUUACUUCCUGGCAUGGGUACACUCAAAAUGGCUGCCAGUCCACCCAUGCCAUCAUUGACUUGAAUUGAGAUGCCCUUUUUAUUUAUUCUUAUUUCUGUGAGAACUACUGUAAAAUAUAUUUUAGAUGACUUUAUGCCUCUUAUCUUUCAUUCAGUUUGAUUUGAUACAAAAAUGUUAUGGUGUUUGU